AGCAGCGAUAGUAACUUUGUCUCGCUUCCCCACUUUGCUUUAGCUUAAACUCGCAGCACCCCCCUCGGCUCCCCCACCUCUCUCUCUCUCUCUGUGCGUGUGCGCGCUCUGGUUUCUCGUUUCUCGUUUCUCUCUCCUAGGGUUUCUCUUACACUGAAACGCUCUCUCCCCUCUUUCUGCUCUGCUGGUUCGAUAGGGUCUCUGAGGUUUUGAUAGGAAGUGAAGAACAAUGUCCUCGUCCAGAGGGGGUUCGGAUGAGCCACCUCCGCAACUGCAGAGGCGGUUAACCCGAACGCAGACCGCCGGUAACCUCGGGGAGACGGCAUUCGACAGUGAGGUCGUGCCCUCUUCCCUCGUCGAAAUCGCCCCCAUUCUUCGUGUCGCCAAUGAGGUCGAAGCGCACAAUCCCAGAGUUGCAUAUCUCUGUCGAUUUUAUGCCUUCGAGAAAGCUCAUAGGCUGGAUCCCACUUCUAGUGGGCGUGGUGUUCGUCAGUUUAAAACGGCCCUUCUUCAACGUCUUGAAAGGGAGAAUGAUCCCACACUUAAGGGAAGGGUGAAACAAAGUGAUGCACGUGAAAUGCAGAGCUUCUAUCAACAUUACUACAAAAAAUAUAUUCAAGCUUUGACUAGUGCUGCUCAUAAAGCUGACCGUGCACAACUUACCAAGGCAUACCAGACUGCCAAUGUUCUCUUUGAGGUUUUAAAGGCUGUUAAUAUGACACAAUCUAUGGAAGUUGAUCGUGAGAUUUUGGAAGCUCAUGAUAAAGUUGCAGAAAAGACAAAGCUCUUGGUCCCAUACAAUAUCCUUCCUUCCACAAAAGUGACAGAUUGGAAUAAAUUUCUUGACUUCAUGAGGGGCAGAAGGUUCAAUGAGUGA